AUAAAAGGUGCGAGCGGAGCAACUUCUUGACUGUUCACUGCCUGCAGCUGCGGAUUUACAGAUUUCUUAUAGAGCUCCUUCCUUACAGCAGAGAUGUUUUGGCGUGCGUGCCUGCUGCUCGGAGCGCUUUGCCUGCAGUGGCAAGUGAAUGCCCAACAUCUGAGCCGGAACGCCAUUGAAAAGGCGGUUCACGAUGCCAUGACUAAAGUUGACUCUGCAUAUGAAUAUUCAAGACUAGAGUGCCUCGAUCGUAUCAGACGCAAUGCAGCCAGAGCUGAGGAUGUGUUGCGCUUUCUCAAGCAACCUGUGGGAAUUACCCGCGAGGUGGCCCGAUCAGCCGAUUAUAUGGACAUCACCCUAAAUAUCAUCAAAAGGUCGGCAGAAAGACGUCAAAGACGUUCCAUCAAUGCCACAGAUCUGCUGUCUGAGGAAGAUCUGGAGUUCAUUUCCGAACUGACCGGCUGCUCACCUCGACAGCGCAUCCCCUCAUGCAAGACAACCCCCAACCUUGACGUCUUUCGCACCGCAAGCGGCGUCUGCAACAACGUGCACAAUCCUCGAUGGGGAGCCUCAAACACACCGUUCGCACGCUGGGUUCCUGCUGAGUACCAGGACGGUAUCUCGCUGCCCCGAGGGUGGGACCCCAUCAGAAUCAAUGGCUUCUUUCUUCCUUUGGUGAGAGAGGUGUCCAACCGCCUCCUGGCCACAGCCGUCAACGAUGUAGUGAGCGACACAGUCUUCUCUCACCUGCUCCCCUCCUUUGGACAAUGGACGGACCACGACCAGACCUUAGCGCCUUUUUCUCCGGUCAUCCGUUCAUUCAACAACGGUAUCGACUGCGAUGAGACCUGUGAACGCACUGAGCCUUGCUUCCCUAUCCUGAUUCCCAAGGAUGACCCACGUUUUGGCAUCCAAGAGUGCAUCCCCUUCUUCCGGUCAACAGGGACUUGCGGAUCUGGCAACACGGGCUUCAUCUUUGGCGCUCCCACUGUACGACAACAGCUGAACGCCCUCACAGCUUACAUCGACGCGGGUCAGGUGUACGGCUCCGAUGAAGUCGAAGCGCUAGAGCUCCGUGACCUCAGCACAGACGAGGGUUUGUUGAGGGUCAAUGAAAAGUUUACCGACAAAGGUCGAGAACUCCUGCCCUUCACUAAAGCGAUGGCCAACGUGUGUGCGACCCGAGCUCGCAUCACGAACGACAAAAAUGCAGAGGAAGUGCUUUGCUUUUUCGCAGGUGAUGAACGCUCCAAUGAGAACAUUGUUCUGACCUCGCUGCACACGCUGUUCCUCCGUGAACACAACCGUCUGGCUCGAGCGCUGGCCAGACUAAAUCCCGAGUGGAACGGAGAGCGACUCUACCAGGAAGCCCGCAAGAUCAUGGGAGCAUAUCUCCAGGUUAUCACAUUCAGAGAUUACAUUGGCAACAUAGUUGGGCCGGAGGUUGUAGCCAAGAAGCUCUCCACAUACCCCGGCUAUGAUAAAUUCAUAAAUCCGUCUAUCGCCAAUGUAUACGCAACAGCUGCCUAUCGAUAUGGCCACUCGAUGAUUCAGCCAUUUGUUUUCCGCCUCAGUUCGGACUACGAGGAUCACCCGUUGUACCCCUCUCCAUUGUUGCACACAGCCUUGAACACACCGUGGAGGGUUACCUUUGAAGGCGGCAUCGACCCGAUCCUGAGAGGCCUUGUGGGUCGGCCGGCUAAGUUGAACGUCCAAGAUUCCAUCAUGACCGACGAGCUGAGAGACAUGCUGUUUAAAUUCUCUUUUGAGAUGGCACUGGAUCUGGGCUCUCUCAACAUGCAGCGUGGACGUGACCACGGAAUCCCGGGAUAUAACCAGUGGCGCAAGUUCUGUGGUUUGUCACAACCACAAAAUGAGGCGGAGCUGGCUGCCGUGCUGAAAAAUACGGACUUGGCUAAGAAGUUUCUGGAUCUGUACGGCACACCUGAGAACAUUGAUGUGUGGAUGGGAGGAAUCGCAGAGCCUCUGGUGAAAGGAGGAAGAGUUGGAGAAUUGUUUGCCUGCCUGAUUGGAAUUCAGUUUAAAAAGAUUAGAGAGGGAGACCGAUUUUGGUGGGAGAACGAGGGAGUCUUCACAAAGUCCCAGAGGGCGUCUCUGAUGAGGACAUCAGUAUCCCGCAUUAUCUGCGACAACACCGGUAUCACUGAAAUUCCAGACAAACCUUUCCUGUUCCGGCCACGAGGCAACGGUUACACCGAUUGCAGUGACAUCCCAGAGUUUGACCUCACUCCAUGGAUGGACACCCCAUAUGGAUUUUACGAACCCAUCUCAGGCACAACCAAGCCCACUCAAGGUAUCUGGUCACCCCCAUACGGUGGAAAAGAUGACCCUCGUGGACCCCCUGGACCCCCCGGACCCUCCGGACCUCCUGGACCUCCAGGUCCCUCCGGAGGCUAUAAUAAGAGAGUGGCCUUCUCUGUACAAUUGAGCGAUAAUUUCCCCAGACCCGGUGUUCCUAUCCCCUUCCGCGAGGUCAUCUACAACGGGCAGAGCAGCUACGACACCAACACAGGCAUAUUUACUUGCGUAUAUCCGGGGGUGUACGAAUUCCAGUUCUACUGCACCAUCUAUGAGCGCUCCGCCAGCGUGGAUCUGAUGCGUAACGGAGAGAAGAUUUUGCAUUCGUUCACCACGAGGCAGGAAGGUUACCUCUCGGCCAGUGGAAGCACAUACAUAAAGCUGAAAGAGGGAGACAAGAUAUGGCUUGUGGCUAACUACGGUGGCAAUGGUAUGACCAAAGACAGCUACUUCUCUGGGCAUUUGCUCUUUACUGAGGAGUGAAGCUGAUAUUUAAAAAUACAAACAAACAAACAACAAAACGUGCCCACACACAAGGGAUCAACUUAACCCUCUAAUGCGCUGUUACUUCCUCCACAAAAAGAAAGAAAAGAAACUGUUUGCAACUGGAAAAGUGGAUCUGCUAACAUUCGAUCGUGUAUAACCCAAAUUUUAGAAAAACAAUGUUCAUUUCCCCUUUAUGCUUCAUUCAUCAUUCAGUGAGUGCACAAAUGUUACACUUGCAGUAUCACAAUCACAUCUCACUUGUGCCUAUGUGAUAUUCUCCUUCUUUGAAAAUAAAUAUUUCUCUUUUUAUAUACCAA